AUGAUAAUUCAUAUUGAAAAUUUGAAACAUAUUUGUUAUAAAUGUCGAGAAAAUGUGAACUUAUUCUAUAUUGAAGAUAUGAUAUGGCAUAAUAAAUGUAAAUGUUGUAAACAAUAUACGAUUAUAUUCAAAGAUACCAAAAUUCCAAAUUCACAAGAUGAAAGGGCUUGGAAAAAAUUUUACUUAAAUUAUGAGAAGAAUGAAUUACAAUCAGAAGAAAAAUUAAAAAUAAUUCUUAAUAGAUUAAAACAAGAAUGUCAUAAAAAAGAUGCAUUUAAAUAUUUAAAAGAUUGGUAUAAUUAUUCGGAAACAAAAUUAAUCUUUCUCAAUUAUCUUGAAUAUCAUCCAAGAUUAUGUAUUUUAUUAAUUGAAGCUGGAUAUGUUAUCACAGGAGAAAUGUUUUUAUUAACUUUAAAAGCUGAUAUAUAUGAUGAUAGACAUAUUGAUGAUUAUUUUGAAGUUAUAAAUGCUAUAUUAAAGAAACUUAAUUUAGAGAGUAAUAAUAGAAAGAAAAAGGAUAAAUUUGGUUUUGUUGGUGGAGAAAAAUCGUUAAGAUCAGAAUCAUUAUCACAAUGCAUUACAAAUUUAACUCUUAUCGACCAUUAUAAACAAACAUAUCUUCAUUAUUUUAUAUAUGAAAUGAGUAAUCGGGUAAAUUACUAUAGUAAUACUUUUUUUACUGGUCCUCUUUUAAAUUGUAAGCGUUAUUAUGAUGAAAAUAUAUCAUCAGUACGUUCUAGAAUAGCAAAAUAUACGGAAACUUGCAAAAUUAUUAAUGAGUACAUUUUCUCAUAUUUUAAUUCCCAUAUUAUUGCAAGAUUAGUAACUAUAAAAAAUACAAUAAAUGAAACAACAAUUACGUUGAAUUAUUUGAGAAAAAGUAUCAAGCAACAAAAAAAAGUUAGCAAUAGAAAAAUCAAAAGAAAUAUUGAAGUGAAAUCGAUUAAUCCAGAAGAAUCUGUAGAAGAUUUGAAAGAAUGUUCUAAUAUUUAA